AUGCAGUUUAUUAACGCUGAAAAAAGCGAAGAAGGCACUUACGCAUCAAUGAAUUGUUCAAAGGUAAAGUCGUUUCUUCAGUUUUCUAGGGAAAAUGAUUUGACGCACAUCACUUUGCUUGUGGCGCUGGUGGCUGGUACUUUCACGUGGUUCUUAAUUGUAUGCAGUAACUUACUAGUUAUUUACACCAUUGCUAAAACUCCAACUUUGCAAACGCCGUCCAACUGUACUAUUCUUGGUCUAUCAAUAGCAGAUUUAACUGUUGGUCUCCUUGUCCAGCCGAUUCAUUUGACAAGUAUCUUCGUCACACACGAAAAUGAUUUUGAACAUAUUUGCUGUAUUUCAAUACUUUAUGGUUUUUUUGGAUGGUUUAUUUUUCCCAUUUCUGCAAUGCAUUUAACGUUGCUUACAAUGGAUCGGUUCUUAGCAAUUCGCCUCCAUUUAAGAUACCAAGAACUUAUAACCAGCAAACGAUAUGUUUGUGCAUCUAUUGUAAUAUGGAUAUACGGCUUUACAAUUGGGACAAUUUAUACUUUUAAAAACGAAUUACUUGGAUACAUCUUGAUUGCAUUCUAUUUUUCGAAUGCCAUAGCUAUUUACAGUGUUUCUAUAACUUUUUGGAACAUCCGAAAGCAUUCGAGUCAGAUUCAAGUCCAGCAUCAAAAUGUAGAAGAAACGCUAAGCAUUCAACGUUUAAAGAAGUCAAUCAAUACGAUGUAUAUCAUUAUCGUUGCUUUGAUUGUUUCUCACUUACCUUACAUUUUCUACUUUGUCAAAAGGCAAGCUUCACUAGAUGUUCUAGAAAACCGGAACGGCUUUCUUAUUUAUAUUAUCACUGAACAUAUACUCGUUUUGAACAGCUUUGUCAAUCCUAUAAUUUACUUUUGGAGGAUUGAAGAACUUCGGAAAGGUGCCUGGAGGGUAAUACGAGUAUCAUUGGGAAAGCAGUGA